CUGGCACAAAUGAUAUUCGAGUUCCUGCUGAUCAAAGCUAUAUUUUAGAACGUAGCUUAACUUAUUUAGGAGUGCCUGUGAAAUUAUUACUAUUUCCUGAUGAAGGUCAUACGCUUAGUAAUAAUCCUUGGCAUGGCAAAAUCAAAGCUCGAGAAGAGCUUAAAUGGCUUGCAAAAUACGAUCAUGUACCUCCAUUUACGACAGAAGAUCUCGUUUAA